AUGGCGGCCGUCGUCGGAAAAUACGCGGCGAAGAAGAUGCUGGGCAAGCAGAUGGACAAGUAUCGCGACAAGGAUGUUGUUCCCUAUGACCCUUACUACGAAAUGGUCCCAAAGGACCCUCGCAAGCCCAACGGCAAGAUGAAGAAGGUCAAGAAGCAAAUUCCGGACUACAUCCCCGAGCAUGACGCCAUCGUGCUCGCAAAAGCCCGUCAGCGCGCCUACUGGCUCGAUUGCGCACUUUUCAGUCUUUUUGGCCAGCGCUUCGGCUGGGGCAGCGUCAUCGGCCUCGUCCCUGCAGCUGGCGACGCUGCUGACAGUGCUCUCGCAUUGAUGCUGUACUGGCGCAUGACGCGCGUCGAGUGCAAGCUCGGCUUCGGCACCCACCUGCACAUGCUCAUCAACAUCGCUUUCGAUUUCCUGAUCGGAUUCAUCCCCCUUCUGGGCGACCUGAUGGACGCCAUGUACAAGGCGAACUCGAAGAACGUGCGCUUGCUCGAGCAACGCCUCGACGAGAUCUACAAGCCCAAGGAGUCCUCCAAGAAGCGCAACCGCCGCAGCAUGCUCGACGCCUACACUCCCGCCGGCACCGUGCUCGAGGAGUUCAGUGACAACGAAAACGACCACGUUCUCGCCCGCCUCGCUCAGUACGAUGAGGAUGGCCGUCCCAUCAAUGGCGACGGCGUGCACGAACGCUACGAGCCCAGGCGCCCUGAGCAUGCCCGCCACAGCCACGAGAAGAGGGGUGGCUACGCCCCAGACAGGCACCCGAGCCACAACAAGCCCAGCCGUGGCUGGUUCGGCGGCAGCCGCCGCGAGCCUGAGCAUGACCUCGAGAGAGGCGAAAAGAGGGAAUACCGUCGGGAUGACAGGCGCGACCGCCGCUAA